AUGGGCGAGUUUAUGGCAAACUACAAGAUUGACGCCAACGACGAGAUCCCACCAGCGGCGUUGCGUUCAUUUAUCCACGUUUUGGGCACCAAGGGCUUUCGCUUUUGCCACCAAACCUUCGCCGAACACUUGCUGCUGGAUCUCACUGGCAACGCACAGCUGAACUUGUUUGCAACGAUCAAAUGUGGGAUCGAAGGUGUCUACUUGUUAACAACUCGCCGGCACAGUCCCAUUGGGGAAAUUUCCCAUGUGGACUAUAUUCGAACGAUUCGACGCCUGUCCCUCUUUAAAAAGCAACGAUGCCACAAGCGCAACUCAGAAUAG